GUGAUGGUCAGCGGCUGAUUGUUUCCUGAAAGCUCUGCUAAUGUCUGCAUUGGUGUUUAAGCUGCAGUAUGGCAGAGGAGCGAGUAAAGGAUUCUCUCUCAGAGAAACACAGUGUGAGAUCAGGAUCAUGUGUGUCCAGCUCUGUGUCUCUGAAGAGUGACUGCUCUAAAAAUGGUGUACCUCCAGACCUCAGAGAGAAAACACCAUCAUCAGUUAAAAGGUUUUUCCAUUUAGUGAAGUCAAAACAUCCUCCAUCAAACCUCAGAGAGAAAACACCAUCAUCUGCUGAAAGGUAUUUUGUGUUUUACGUUUUGGUCACUAGUGGUUGGACCCUUCAGGGACCUCAUCAUCUGAUUUGAUUUCCAUUCCAUGAUGAUUCUUAACUUAGUUUUUCUAUAUUUUCUGUUGUGCAUGUAUGUCUUUACAAUUUUACAUUUCAACCAGGAAACCUAAUUUGCUGUG